UGCACUAUAAAUAGAAGCGGGAGAAUUGACUUGACAGCAACAGCAACAACAAUUCCAAUAUUUUGCAGCAUACUAUGAAACUUUCAAGUAAUCGCCACUUGUAAACUAAACGCAACAGCAAGCAGAUCUCUUCUUGGAAUCAUUUGCAUACAGAGGAAACUGGGACAACUUUAAAAAGUGCCAACAUGGACCAAACCAGAUAUCAUCAACCCUUCUGCAGAUUUCUGAACUUUAUGAGGCUGAUCUACUUCUCUGAUCUUGUCAUUUCAUGUGCAUUAUGGCUUACAGGAGGGGAUUCCCAAUACUUUGAAGAUGGCAUCACCAAAUUCAAGAUGAAUCAGUCUAUUUUUGACCUUGCAGUUAUAAGAUUUUUGCUAAGCAUCUCAUUCAUCGCAUUAUAUACAGAGAUAGAAAGCAUAUGCUGGCAGAUUACUUCCAAUGGCAGCCAAGGCAGGAGCUCAGAUCUAAGGAAAAAGAAAACUUUAUUCAUGGCAAUGACUUUCUUAUUUGCUGCUGGAAGUCUUGCUUACAGCAUAGUCAAAUUUAUUUUCAUCAACAACGAGUACAAGAAAGAUAAAAAUGACAUUCACUCUACUUGUUAUGCUCUUGCCAUAUCUUCAGUGGCAUUUUCUGGGCUCCAGUUCCUUUUGUUCUUUGUAAAUAUUUACAUGGAACGAAAGCUGAUGAUCAGGUACAGUAGAAUGAUUGACAGCGAGGGUGAGUCAAGUGAUGACCAAAAGAAAACCAAAUCCAAAGCAGAUCUGGGCAGACUCUUCAGUCUUGCAAAACCUGAAUUUGUCUUGCUCAUUGGUGGCACUUUUGGUUUGAUUGUUGCCAGUGGAUCACAGAUGGUUGCACCAUUGUUUUUUGGUAGGGUAAUUGAUGCUGCUCUUAAACCAACAAUGGGUCCAUUAAACCAAACCAUUCUUAUUCUCUUUGGAAUCUACACUGUUGGUGGAAUAGCAUCAUUUUUUAGGAGUUGGCUGUACACACUUUCAGGACAGAGACUUGUAGCCAGACUAAGGGAAACGCUCUUCUUGCAUGUCAUCAAUCAAGAAGUUGCCUUCUUUGACAAAAACAGAACUGGUGAGCUUAUGAAUAGAUUGUCUUCUGAUUCGCAAGUCAUUCAAAACGCAGUGACGGUGAAUAUAUCAAUGUUUGUUCGUUACUUACUGCAAAUACUUGGCUCAAUCGCAAUUAUGUUUGCCGUUAGUCCAAAACUGACUGGAGUCCUUCUAGCUGUUGUCCCACUUGUGGCUGUUGGCGCCCAGAGAUAUGGUGGAUUUAUGAGAGACAUGACGAAGAAGUUCCAAGAUAAACUUGCUGAUGCAUCGACAACCGCUGAAGAAACUCUUGGAAAUAUUCGAACCGUCAAGUCGUUUUCACAAGAACUAAAGGCUUCGAAGAUGUACAAUAAAGAUAUUGAUAGCAGCUAUCAUGUUGGAUCUCAACUUGCCUUGGUCUAUGGCUUCUGGAAUGCGUUGAUGUCCAUUUUUGCUCAGGGAGCAAUUGCCUUAGUUUUAUGGUAUGGUGGGAAGCUGGUUCACACUGGAGAUAUGACUGUUGGGACACUGACAUCAUUCAUGCUCUAUACCCUAAACGUUGCUAUGGCAUUCGCAUUCCUAUCUUCUUUAUACGGAGAUUUCAUGAAGGCUGUUGGUGCAUCUACUCGAAUAUUUGAGUUGUUUGAUCGAGACCCAGAAGUGAAAUCAGGAGACUAUACCUUACCGUCAUUGCAAGGAGCUGAAGUAUCUUUCAAUGGAGUUGUCUUCCGGUACCCAACGAGACCAGAUACUGAUGUUCUCAAGGGUAUAACUUUUUCUAUAAAACCCGGACAAACUGUUGCUCUCGUGGGACCUUCUGGAGGCGGAAAAAGUACCAUAAUAAACAUGAUUGAGAGGUUUUACGAUCCAAUCGAAGGCCGAAUUAAUGUUGGUAACUUAAACCUUUCUCAGGUCAAUCUUGACUGGCUUAGAAAAAAGAUUUCGAUCGUGAGCCAAGAGCCUGUAUUGUUUGCAACAACAAUUGCCGAGAAUAUAGCUUACGGCAAAGAUGCAACUGAAGAGGAGAUUAUUGAAGCUGCCAAGCAAGCAAAUGCCCACACUUUUAUAUCAGCGUUCGAGGAAGGCUAUAAAACAACAGUUGGUGAACGUGGUAUUAAAUUGUCUGGUGGACAAAAGCAACGGAUAGCAAUAGCUAGAGCACUGAUACUGAAUCCAGAUAUUCUACUUCUAGAUGAGGCCACGAGUGCGUUGGAUGCAGAAAGUGAGCACCUUGUUAAAGAAGCUAUUGAUCGCGCCAUGAUUGACAGAACUGUCUUGGUUAUUGCGCAUCGCCUGUCAACUGUGAGAAACGCAUCGACGGUUAUCGUCAUUGAUCAAGGCUGUAUAGUGGAGCAAGGAACCCACGAUGAGCUGCUACAAAAGGAGGGGCAAUACAAGAAGCUUAUAGCACGGCAGUUAAAUGCAGGGGAGAUCGCCGACUUCGCUUUGCUGUCAGCUGGUCAGAAUGACACCCCCAAGUCCAGCCCGACAUUGCAGAUUGAGAACCACGACCUUGAGAAAUCUCCGUCUGAUCAUUAAGGGGCAUGUGUCUUUGUUUGACUCUGCAUUGCAUUUACAGUUGUUUUAUAGGUUUAACAUUUCAAUUAUAGUUAGUUAAAGUGCACAAAAGACAUUUAAAUAUUUCAGUUUUGGUGCUAGAUGCAUCUGACUUUCGUCAUGAUUGUAUAGCGUAAUAUAUAUAACUGUUUCUUUUUAACCCAUAUGUAUCAGGUAAUGAUGAUUCAGAUCGAAAAAGUAGUGUUGAAGCAAAUAGUAUAUGGCAUGUACUUGAUUUACAGAAUAUACUAACAACUA